AUGUCAACUAUAUUUCAAAGUUUGACGGAUUCAACAGCCGUUAAAAAUGCUGUUCAAGGAAAAUUAUCUUCACCAUCUUCUAAAAAUUUGAUUGUUGGCAAAGUUGACUCUCUUUAUGUUUUUGAAAUUGAGAAAGUUCAAAAGGAUGAAUCUGACGCUUUUUCACAGAAUGACUAUUCAAAUAAUUUGAUUGAUGAUAGUCAAGCCUUUAUGGAGACGAAUAUGCAUUUGAUUCGUACUCACGAACAUACUAGCUAUGUUUUACGUCUUGUGAGCCAAUUUCAAGUUUUUGGAACGGUAACUGCUCUUUCUAUCUUAAAAGGAAAAGGAAAUAAGGGAUGUGAUUUAUUAGUUAUGUUAACAGAUUAUGCUAAAAUAUCCAUAUUGGAAUGGGAUAUGAAAACUCAGAGCCUAGUUACUACCAGCCUUCAUUACUAUGAAGCAGUUAAACCGACAAUGCCAUCUACUAAUAAAACUCCUACUCAAUUAAUUGUUGACCCAGAUUCUAACUGUUGUUUACUGAGGUUUCAUACGGAUAUGAUGGCGAUCAUCCCUUUCCCAAAGAUUGAAGACCUUGAAAUGGAGGAGGCCGCUGUAGACGACUCUAAAAAUAUCUGGAAUUCCAUUACCCCCUAUAAACCCUCUUUUGUUUUAGACUCCUCUCAAUUAGAAUCUACAAUCGCACGGAUACUGGAUGUUAAGUUUUUGUAUGGUUAUAGAGAGCCAACUUUGGCUAUCUUGUACAGCCCUCAGCAAACAACCACAGUUACCCUUCCUAUCCUUAAAGACAAUGUUUGCUUUUCUCUCGUUACCUUGGAUUUGGACCAACGGGCUAGUGCCGUGAUCACCACAAUACAAAAUCUUCCAUACGAUAUUUUCCAAUUAGUCCCCAUACCCAUGCCACUUGGCGGAGCGUUAUUAGUUGGUGGUAAUGAAUUAAUCUAUGUAGACUCAGCCGGACGCACUGUUGGUAUAGGGGUAAAUACAUUUUAUUCUAAGUGUACAAACUUUCCUCUUCAGGAUCAAUCAAACUUUAAUGUUGAGCUCGAGGGUACUGUUGCAGUACCACUAGUUAACUCGAAAAUUGGAAAUCCGUUUGUGCUAUUAAUUCUAACUUCUGGUCAAUUUCUCUACCUAGAUUUCAGUAUGGAUGGAAAGACGGUAAAGGGACUCACUCUACGAAACCUAGAUUUGGAUAUAAAUGAAGACUUUCUGAGAGCUGGCGUGACUACAGCUCUGCCAAUUGAAGAAAAUAUGAUAUUCUUAGGAAGCCAGGUGACGGAUAGCUAUUUGGUUCAUUGGAAUCGACACUCCAGUGUAUCAAAAAAUACGGAAGAUAAUGAGAAUGAUGAGCUUUACUCUAAUAAUGACGCUGAAAUGGAAGAAAUGCUCGAUAUUUAUGAAACCAACGAUCGUAACGAUUUGGCUGGUAAAGUUACUUUUGAAAACGGACCUUUGAGGAUGAGUAUUUUUGAUGUUUUGACAAACGUUGGGCCUAUAACUGAUUUCGCCAUUGGUAAAGCUGGGUCUCUUGCAUACUAUCCACAAGACAACCAUGGACCGCUUGAACUAGUCGGGACUAGUGGAGCCGGCGGCGCCGGUGGACUUGUUGUUUGUCGAAGAAGUAUUUUCCCUCUUGUCGCUGGCGAAUUUGGCUUUCAAGGUUGUGAAGCUUUAUGGUCCGUAAGUCUUACUGGUAGACAGCGACGCUCUCGCAGAAGAGUACAACCAUCGUACAUGAAUAUGGAACCAGAUACUUAUCUGAUUUUAUCAAAAGCUGAUGAAUCUUUUAUGUUUUCUGCCGGUGAAACAUUUGACGAGGUUGAAAAUUCGGAUUUCAAUAAGCAUACGAGAACAAUAGAUGUAGGCUCCUUGAUGUCGGGAAUGAGAAUGGUACAGAUAUGUCCGACAAGCAUACAUGUGUACGAUUCUACUCUAAAAAGAACCCAGCUUUUUAAUUUUGGAAAAAAUCAGGUUGUGGUAUCAACCAGUAUUUGUGAUCCUUGUAUAAUCGUCGUAUUUUUAGGCGGUAAUAUUUCUCUGUAUCGGAUGGACUUAAGAUCACAAUUGCUUACGAGGACUGAUUUACAUAGCCAACUCCAAAGCGUGAAGACGGCUUCGUUAAUUGCACCCGGAAAUUCUACUAUAUUUUCCAACCUUUUUCGGAACCCGAAUGAACAUGAGCAGAGUCAAACUGUCAUUGACGAAUCUUCCGGAAUAUAUGGUUCUUUGAGCGGUGAUAAUCAAGAAGGAAAUACCCAAACCAAGAGCGUUUCUGAAGCUGAUGCUAACUUGGUUACUGAAAAAAAUGUAAGUAACCUUGAUGAGCAGUUGUUGGAGAAACACCCAAUUUUAUUUGCUUUAACCGCAGAAGGUGUACUUAAAGUAUUGAACCUCAUAGAUUUUUCCGUUUUGAUGGAAUGCGAUGCUUUUGAUUUACCACCGACUUUAUCCAAUGGACUCAAGUCGGAAACGACUUACUUUAAUUCUGAAUCUAGUCAAGAGUUGGUUGAAUUAAUGGUAGCUGAUUUAGGUGACGAUUUUAAAGAACCCCACCUGUUCCUGCGUUCGAGGAUGAAUGAGAUAACAGUUUAUAAAGCGUUCGUUUUUUACGAUGAAAUUACACAAAGAAAUUUACUUUCAUUCGCAAAAGUACCUCAAGAAGGUAUGACACGAGAGUACCAAGUAGAAAACAUAUUACCUCGUGAUGCUGGAUCUACUGCUGAUGGAAAGUCGACCAAUUCAAUCGACCAUUCAAGGAUGGUAGCCAUUGAGAGAGUGGGAAGCCGAUCAGCGGUAUUUGUUACUGGACGUAAACCAUUUUACAUACUCAGCACUAAGCACUCAAAUGCCAAGUUUUAUCCGGUUAUAUCUGAAGUACCCAUCCUUUCUAUUGCACCUUUCCAUUCUGAACAUACACCUCACGGUUAUAUUUACGUAGAUGAAAAUUCUUUUAUUCGAAUUUGCAAAUUUCAGGAUGAUUUCAAUUAUGAUUCUCGUUGGGCAUAUAAAAAGGUUCCAUUGGACAAACAAAUUAGUGGUAUUGCAUAUCAUCCAACUAAAAUGAUAUAUGCAGUAGGUAGUUGUGUGCCCUCAGAAUUUACCGUCACGGAUGAGGAUGGAAAAGAGCUUUAUCCGCAAAAUGAUGAUAAAGAUUAUUUACCUUAUGCUAAUACCGGCUCUUUGGAUUUAAUUUCUCCAUUGACAUGGACAGUCAUUGAUAGUUAUGGGUUUUUGCCGUAUGAAAUUCCCUUGUCUGUGUCUGUAGUCAAUUUGGAAGUGUCAGAAACAACAAAACUAAGGAAACCCUAUGUCGCUGUUGGAACAUCUAUCACAAAGGGUGAAGACAUUGCUGUGCGUGGUGCUACUUACCUUUUCGAAAUUAUUGACGUCGUCCCCCAACCAGGUCGACCAGAAACUCGGCAUAAGCUAAAAUUAAUUACAAGGGAAGAGAUUAAGGGUACUGUUGCUGUUGUUUGUGAGGUAGACGGCUAUUUGUUGAGUGGGCAAGGCCAAAAAAUAAUUGUUCGAGCUUUGGAGGAUGAAGAUCAUUUGGUUGGUGUGGCUUUUAUAGAUUUGGGUAGCUAUACCGUUACAGCAAAAUGUUUGCGAAAUUUGCUCCUGUUUGGAGAUAUUCGACAAAACGUUUCAUUUGUUGGCUUUUCAGAAGAACCUUAUCGAAUGACUCUUUUUGCUAAAGGUCAAGAUGCACUCUCUGUUACGGCAGCUGAUUUUCUUGUUCAAGGAGAAAAUCUUUAUUUUGUUGUAGCAGAUACUGAGGGUGACAUGAGAUUGUUAGCCUAUGAUCCUGAAAAUCCUGAAUCUCAUUCAGGUGAACGACUGGUUGCCAGAGGAGAUUUUCAUAUUGGCCAUAUAAUUACAGCAAUGAAGAUCGUACCAAAGAAAAAGAAGUCAAGACAAGAUGAUUACGACUACGAUACAGGAAACGAUUUCUCUUGCAUUAUGGUAAAUGCUGAUGGAGGUUUGCAGAUGGUAAGUCCUGUUUCUGAAAGGGUAUAUCGUCGACUCAACAUUAUUCAAAACUACUUAGCCAAUAGAGUGGAUUCGGUUGGUGGAUUGAAUCCCAGGUCGCAUCGAUUGAUUUCCAUUACUUCGAAUUUGAGCAACGCUGCUCAUAGAGUAUUGGAUGGUACGUUAAUUGAACGGUUUACUUAUAUGUCUGUUGCUCACAGACAUGAAAUGGCUCACAAGUGUGGUGUACCAAUCUCUACGAUUAUGAACGAUUUAGUAGAGCUUGAUGAAUCACUCAGCUACUUAUAA